ACCGUUUGACCAGAGAGAAGAGAAAAAGAGGGGCGUGACUAAAAGUAGGCGCUUUGCCCAGGAGGAGACCUCUCUCUCUCUCAAGAAGUUUUAGGUGCCUGUGCAGAUUGUUCCAGAACAGUGCUCUGCCUUUCUUUAGGACUACCUCACCAGCUCUGGCACAGAGACUCCAGCAUUCUGAGCUGACUACAGGUCCGGCCUUCCCCCGCUGGCAGAGCCGGAGACAUGACCUGAGCUCCUGAUGCCCGCGCCCGGGGCCCCUGGGGAUUGUUGCGUGCCAUGGAGCUGAAGGUGUGGGUGGACGGAGUCCAGAGGACCGUCUGCGGGGUCACCGAAGCCACCACCUGCCAGGACGUGGUCAUAGCCUUAGCACAGGCCAUCGGUCGAACUGGAAGAUACACCCUCAUAGAAAAAUGGAGAGAUACUGAAAGGCAUCUUGCACCUCAUGAAAACCCGAUCAUUUCUUUGAAUAAAUGGGGGCAGUAUGCGAGCGACGUGCAGCUCAUUCUGCGAAGAACGGGGCCGUCGCUCAGUGAGCGCCCCACUUCUGACAGCGUGGCCCGAAUUCCAGAAAGAACUUUGUACAGGCAGAGUCUGCCCCCCUUAGCCAAACUGAGGCCCCCGGGAGACAAGGCGAUCAAGAGGAGAGAGCCCAAGAGGAAAUCUUUGACUUUCACCGGAGGGGCCAAAGGCUUAAUGGACAUCUUUGGGAAAGGGAAAGAAACUGAAUUCAAACAAAAGGUGUUAAAUAGUUGCAGAGCGACUGCCGAUGAGCUGAAGAAGCUGAUCCGCCUGCAGACGGAGCAACUCCAGUCCAUCGAGAAGCAGCUGGAAUCGAAUGAACUCGAGAUCCGAUUUUGGGAACAAAAGUAUCACUCAAACUUGGAAGAAGAGAUCAUCCGCCUGGAGCAAAAGAUCAAACGGAACGCCGUGGAAAUCGAGGAGGAAGAGUUUUGGGAAAAUGAAUUGCAGAUUGAGCAAGAAAAUGAAAAGCAGCUGAAAGAUCAGCUUCAGGAAAUAAGGCAGAAGAUCACGGACUGCGAGAGCAAACUGAAAGACUAUGUGGCCCAAAUCCAGUCGAUAGAAAACGGUCUUGAAGCGGAGAAACUGCAGCAGGAAGUUCAGAAGGCCCAAGUCAACGAAGAGGAGGUUAAAGGAAAGAUCGGCAAGGUCCGGGGGGAGAUUGACCUGCAGGGCCAGCAGAGCCAGCGGCUGGAGAACGGGAUCAAGGCUGUGGAGCGGUCUCUGGGGCAAGUCACCAAGCGACUGCAGGACAAAGAACAAGAAUUAGAGCAGCUGACCAAAGAGUUGCGGCAGGUGAACCUCCAGCAAUUCAUCCAGCAGACGGGCACCAAAGUCACCGUGCUCCCGGCCGAGCCCACCGAGGUUGAGGCCCCCCAGGACGUCGAGAGGGAGACACCGUUUCAGGCCGGGUCCCUGAAGCGACCCAGUUCAUCUCGACAGCUCCCUGGCAAUCUCCGCAUUCUGCAGAGCCCUCUCUCUUCGGGCUUUAACCCUGAAGGCAUCUAUGUAUAACAGCAGGGGUAGAGAACGAGCCAAUAAAGGUGCCCAGGAC